AUGCCGAAAGGUUCAAAGUCCAUCGCUGUGCUGUGCGGCGAACUGGGCAUGGAUGGGGUUGCCGAAGCCAACCUCCGAAAAGAUGCCCAGUCCUACCUCAAAGCUCAGAUCGAAGACCUCCCCAACGCCCCCGAUGCCGCGAUUGAACCCGUCGCAUGGACAUUUCUUGAGUCAGGUGGCGGUAGCCGACACUUCUCCUGGGAUGCUGCCCUUAACUAUCAAUGGGAAGCCAGCGAGCAUCGUCAAACCAUCCUCCACUACGUGGCUGAGAUCAUGAAAAUGCAACGAUGGUAUAUCAUCGACCGCCUCCAUAAGCGUCUCAACGGUGCCGUGAACUGUCCUGGCUGCUUGCUGCACUCUCCAAAACAAGGAACCCCGGACACCGUCGAUGGUGCCGCAACUGUCAGCCACGUCCGCGCCGAUGACACUGGGUCCUCCGACGAAUCCGAUGCCGGAAGUAUUCGUUCUGGUUCAGGCAGAGACGACACCCUCUCUGCCAGCGAAAGCAGAAAGCGACACCGUGCUAGUCGAGACCCCUUCUCCGAGUCCGACAAGAAGAGACGCAAAUCGUCUGGUCCACAAGGCGAGAACGGCACAGUCGACACCUCGAGAGAGGAAACUCAUCCAACAACCGCCUCCGCCCACGAUAUAGUCGUCCCAAAUGCUCGGCCCCCAACCAGCUCAAUCACGCAUGCGGGCUUCACGCCAGUCAACCCGACAGUCGUCGUUGAGCUCCAGCGGCCAUCCAAGUCCGAAGCUCAGUCUGCCACCCUGGCUGCUUCUCAAACGCUCACCCUCAAAGACUUCAAUCUCUCGAUGCGCUAUCGUGGCAAGCAAUGGCACUUCAACAGUAUCGCGCAUAAAGCCAAAGUCCUUGAACAAAUCCUCCUGCAAGAGGAGAAGGAUAUCGAAUCCUACCCUACCCUGGCGUUCUCCAGAGGGGCCAAGAAAGCAGCGUCUGGUCGCAACGCGGAUUCCGAGGGUGACGAGAAGGCCUUGAAAGAUUACUUCCUCUUUUACUCGCAUUUCAUGAACGACAGAUUCCCCAGCAACGAGAAGGUGUUGCUGGAGAAUGGAGUGAGGCCUUCGGCGUAG